CCAAAUUUGAGGAAGCUUGAUCAAAGACAAUCGAGCUCCGAAUUGAAGAUGGCGAUUUCUGCAACAAUGGCGAUGUUCUCUCUGGAAGGCCAGAAAGCUGUGAUCACAGGCGGAACAAGGGGAAUCGGGCAAGCUGUCGCUGUUUCGCUGGCGGAGUGCGGGGCAGAUAUUAUUUUGAUACAGCGCGACCACUCGAACACUACAACCCUAAAAGCCAUAGAAGCACUGGGCCGCAAAGCAACCAUCUACACCGCAGACCUUUCCUCGCAAGCCGAAGUUGCGGCCCUCACUCCUGCGAUCCUGAAAGAUGGACAUAAGAUCAAUAUUCUCGUGAACUGUGCCGGUAUUCAACGACGGCACCCCUCGGCGGAGUUUCCUGAUAAUGACUGGAACGAGGUCCUCCAGGUAAACCUGACCACAGUCUUCACCCUCUGCCGCGACAUCGGCGCACACAUGCUCUCCCUGCCCGUCUCAUCCAUCACCAACCGCCGCGGUUCAAUUAUCAACUUCGCCUCUCUCCUCUCGUUUCAAGGCGGGCUUACAGUCCCCGCAUACUCAGCUUCCAAAGGUGCGGUUGCGCAGUUGACGAAGGCACUGUCGAACGAAUGGGCUUCGAAAGGCGUGAAUGUUAAUGCGGUUGCGCCGGGGUAUAUCGAGACGGAGAUGAAUACUGCGCUCCUGGCGGAUGGGAGCAGGUUGAAGAGUAUUAGUGAGAGGAUUCCUGCGGGAAGGUGGGGAAAGCCGGAGGAUUUUGGAGGUACUACGGUGUAUUUGGCGGGGAGGGCGAGUGCGUAUGUUAGUGGGCAUGUACUGGUGGUUGAUGGCGGGUGGAUGGGGAGGUAAAGGGUACAAAAAGUAUAUUUCAGUAAUGGUGGCGUUUUGAAGAGAGAGACUUAGUGGUAGAGAAGAAUUCAUUGGGCUGUAGAUCUUGUCUCCAUAGAUUUGAAUACUUGAGUGACAGCGACGAGGAACAGUGAUUUAUAGUGAAGAGUGGACAAAGGAUAAUAUGCUGUGAGCUGGAGAUUUUUGUUCUCUACCCC